GGAUUUCAGAGACACGAAACAAGGACCGUGCUGAGCUUUCUAUAAAAGCUCAUCGAUUUCGACUUCAAAGAAGGAAGCUCAAAGUUGUCAUCUUUUUGCAGAGUUUUUGUACGAUUUCCUUUGAUCUUCAUCUCUGAGAGGAGUUGAGAGUUUCUCAGCCGUAGCGAAGAUGCAUUCUUGCUUUUAUUCGAGGUUUUUUCUUGUGAAAUUGGUGAGGAAUCGCUGGAUCUAGGGUUUGUUGUUGUUUUUUUGGGUUUUGGUUUAGGGUUAGGGAUUUGAGCCUUUGAGGUGAAGAUGAAUGUGGAGAAGUCGCGGAUGUGGCAACCGUGUAAGAAGAAGAGAUCUUGAGGGGUUGGUGUUUGAAGGGCUUUUUCUUUGGGUUUGAAGGGUUUGGGGAGAAGAAUGAGCUCGAGAGGGAGGGUGAAAGUGGGGAGAUAUGAGCUCGGAAGGACGCUUGGAGAAGGGAAUUUCGCCAAGGUGAAGUUUGCGAGGAACGUUGAGACGGGCGUGAAUGUUGCUAUUAAAAUCUUGAACAAAGAGAAGCUUUUACGACACAAGAUGAUCGACCAGAUAAAAAGGGAAAUAUCUACCAUGAAAUUGAUUAAACAUCCAAAUGUCAUAAGGAUGCAUGAGGUCAUGGCGAGCAAGACAAAGAUAUACAUAGUUUUGGAAUUUGUGACUGGUGGUGAACUCUUUGAUAAAAUAGCUCAAAAGGGGAGGUUGAAGGAAGAUGAAGCCAGGAAGUAUUUUCAGCAGCUAAUAAAUGCAGUGGACUAUUGCCAUAGCAGAGGUGUUUUCCAUAGAGAUCUAAAACCAGAGAAUCUGUUGUUGGAUGCUGGUGGAAUUCUGAAAGUCUCAGAUUUUGGACUAAGCGCUUUACCUCAGCAAGUUCGUGAAGAUGGUUUACUCCACACAACAUGUGGGACUCCAAACUAUGUUGCUCCUGAGGUGAUCCACAACAAGGGCUAUGAUGGGGCAAAGGCAGACCUGUGGUCCUGUGGGGUGAUUCUUUUUGUACUUAUGGCAGGUUACUUGCCUUUUGAGGAUUCCAACCUUAUUUCACUGUAUAACAAAAUCUCCAAAGCAGACUUUUCUUGUCCUUCGUGGUUCUCUUCAAGUGCUAAGAAACUUAUAAAAAGAAUCCUUGAUCCCAGCCCUGCAACUCGAAUGACAAUUGCUGAAGUCAUAGAAAAUGAGUGGUUUAAGAAAGGAUACCGGCCACCUGUGUUUGAAGCACAAGAUGUUGAAAUUAGUGAUGUGAAUGCUAUUUUCGAUGGGGAUGCCAACAAUCUGGUUGUUGAGAGAAGAGAAGAAAAGCCGGCAUUGAUGAAUGCUUUUGAGCUUAUUUCUACAUCUCAGGGCCUAAACCUUGGUACCCUGUUUGAGGAACAAAUGGGUCUAGUUAAAAGAGAGACAAGAUUUGUGUCAAGACUACCAGCAACUGAAAUACUUGCAAAGAUUGAGCAAGCUGCUGCACCGUUGGGGUUCACUACAGAAAAGAACAACUAUAAGCUAAAGUUGCAUGGUGAGAAGAUUGGGAGGAAGGGGCAUCUGUCGAUUGCAACAGAGGUUUUUGAGGUUGGUCCUUCGUUGUACAUGGUCGAACUUCGUAAGUCAAAGGGCGAUACACUUGAAUUCCACAAGGUUUACAAGAACAUGGCGACAGGUCUGAAAGACAUAAUCUGGCAAUCACAGUCAAAAUCUAAGGAAGAUGCAGAUGAAAUCACAGAAAGUUAAGUCAAAAUUGAAGGUUUAUAUAUAUGUACAGCUCUUUGCAAAUGUCAAGGACAAACAAUUCCAAUGCAUGCCUUUCUGAACUACGAUCGAAAUUUGUUUUUCUAAGCCAUUUAUUCCGUAAAUGAAGUUCAGGAGUUUACAAUCAUACAGCAACUUGUGAUGAUUUCCAGGUUUCAUUAGGUUCAUGUUUUGUUUACAAUAUGAAAAUCAACUCAAUUCUAUGUGUGGAACAACUAUGUAAACCAAGAUCAUUUUCCUUGGCAGGAAAAUCAAGUUUAUGUAUGAAACUUAACAUUAUGUUUAGUAUCAUAAAGACCUGGAAUUUGUAGUAUGAGUUAUUAAAUUGAGAUGUGAGCAUUAUGGUUA